AUGUCACCUCAAGUUAAUAUCCCUCUGGCCGCGAAUAUUCUGGGUGGACUGCUGUUGCUGAUUCCUCAGAUAUGGUAUAAUUUUCGGAGGAAGAAUACGGAUGGGUUACCAGGCCCUAUGGUUUUGCUCUGGGCAAUUUGCGCGGUGCCAUUUGGUGUCUACUCCAUAGUGCAGAACUUCAAUAUCCCAAUCCAAAUACAACCUCAGUGUCUCUGCGCUCUAUCACUAGUCACCUAUGCACAGAUUCUUAUCUACCACAAUCGAUGGAGCCCCUGGAAAGCUUCUGUCUUUGCUGUGGCCAUUGGUAUCUCAUUUGCAGGAAUUGAGGCACUGUUGAUUCUCACCCUGAGGAUACCCUACAGCCACGGAGUCUCGUGGCCAAUUACACUCAUUGGAAUUCUUGCCGCUGUUCUUCUUGCCGCUGGCUUAAUACCCCCCUAUUUUGAGCUUGCAAAGCGUAAUGGCAGAGUAAUUGGCAUAAAUUUUAUUUUCUUGACAGUGGAUUUCUCUGGUGCUUUCUUCUCCACGCUCGCUCUCGCGGUGCAGCACACGUUUGACAUUCUAGGAGGUAUACUUUACAUUGUCUGUAUGCUUUUGGAAAUUGGAAUUUUCCUCUCACACGGAAUCUGGCUUAUUCGAACACGCAAACUUCGCCACGAAGCAAAACUUUCUGGGAAAUCUAUUGACGAAAUCCUCGACGAACGACAACAUGGGAACGAGCCGAAAAUAUACGAGCAGAGCUCAGCACAGUCGACAGAUCUUGAAUUAGGAAACAAGGGCGAUCAAAAACACAUUGCAUCAGAAAAGAGCGAGCAUUAG